AUGGCUCCCAUCAAGGUUGGUAUCAAUGGCUUCGGUCGCAUUGGUCGCAUGGUGUUCCAGGCCAUCUGCGACCAGGACCUUAUUGGUAAAGAAAUCGAAGUCGUCGCCGUGGUUGACAUGAGCACGAAUGCCGACUACUUCGCGUACCAGAUGAAGCACGAUACGGUGCACGGCCGCCCAAAGUAUACGGUUGAGUCUAUGAAGAGCAGCCCAUCCGUGAAGACGCCGGACGUGCUUGUGGUGAAUGGCUACCACAUCAAGUGCGUGAAGGCGCAGCGCAACCCCGCGGACCUGCCGUGGGGCAAGCUUGGCGUCGACUAUGUGAUUGAGUCGACUGGCCUGUUCACAGACAAGUUGAAGGCUGAGGGCCAUCUCAAGGGCGGCGCGAAGAAGGUCGUGAUCAGCGCGCCGGCGUCCGGUGGUGUCAAGACGAUCGUGAUGGGCGUGAACCAGCACGAGUACUCGCCGACGUCGCACCAUGUGGUGUCGAAUGCGUCGUGCACGACUAACUGCUUGGCCCCCAUCGUGCACGUGCUGACAAAGGAGGGCUUUGGUAUUGAGACUGGCCUGAUGACCACUAUCCACUCCUACACGGCGGCGCAGAAGACGGUGGAUGGCGUGUCAAUGAAGGACUGGCGCGGUGGCCGCGCGGCGGCUGUAAACAUAAUCCCCAGCACCACCGGGGCCGCCAAGGCCGUGGGCAUGGUGAUUCCGUCUACCAAGGGAAAGCUGACCGGCAUGUCCUUCCGUGUGCCGACGCCAGACGUGUCUGUCGUGGACCUGACAUUUCGCUCGACGCGCGACACAUCGAUCAAGGAGAUCGACGCUGCCAUCAAGAAUGCUUCGCAGGGGUACAUGAAGGGCAUCCUCGGCUUUACCGAGGACGAGCUUGUGAGCACCGACUUCAUCAACGACAACCGAAGCUCCAUUUACGACUCCAAGGCGACGCUGCAGAACAACUUGCCUGGUGAGAAGCGCUUCUUCAAGAUCGUGUCGUGGUACGACAACGAAUGGGGCUACUCGCACCGUGUGGUGGAUUUGCUGCGCUACAUGGCCUCCAAGGAUGCUGCGAACUCUAAGAUGUAG